ACUGUUUUCAUCCCAUCUCGUGCGGCAACAGCAAUUAUCCAGAUCAAGGAAAUCUGAUUUUUCCACGGUUUAGCGAGCAAAGGAACAUUUUGGAUAGAGAUUCAAGUACAUUAUUAAACAAAAUGGAGGGAGGCGAUGGCCCUUCGGCCAUCAGUAGUAAUCCUACUGCUAUUAAAGCUGCACAAGAAGAGAUGGGAAGAUUAGAUGUUCUUGUGUGUGGACAGUGCCAUUCAGUUUUUCACUUUAUUGAAGAGUUUCAAGAACAUCGUACAAAAGAAGGCGCUUGUACCCAAGUUUCACAUUUUCGUGAAAAUAGUAAUAACGAACAAAAAGCACAAGUGUGGGCUUUCCUGUUAUGGAAAGAUUCAGCUGAACAUGUAGCUACGUGUAAAUAUUUAAUAGACGAAUUUGAAAGGAACCUUGCUAAACAAAAAGAAAUAAAGGCAGCUCAACAGCAGGCUAAUGCAAAAGCAGCAGGACGAGGGAGUCAUCCUGCUCAAAAAACUGUUAUAAAAACAGAAGCUAAACCUGGGCCAAGUACUGCAGCUCAAGUAGGGCGACCUAUGCGUUCAAGUAAAUCAAAAGCAAUGGAUCAAGUAAAACAAUGGUGUGGUUCCAUGAAAGAUGAAGAUAAUGACCUACUAGGUAAGAGAAGGAUGGACUAUUCCGAGAGCGAUUCUGAGGACGGUGGCAGUAGCGCUGCCAAACGAGCGAAAGGCGAUUCAGGUAGUGACGAAGACUGGACUGGAGAGUCUGAGGAGGAAAGAUUAUUGGGUCGAAGCGACGUCAUUCAGCGAGCAUUUAAUCGUGCUAAUGCUCAGUCAAACGGAUCUAACAGAGCAAGUGGUUCGUCUACAGAUCUUGCAACUUCAUUGGGACUUCAGUCUCCCGAAGGAGCAAAAUCUAAUCAACCACCGGUUUUAGUCGCCAAUGCCAAAGGAGUGGUGAAAGUUGAUCCGAAGCAAAUGCCAAACUUAACGUCCGGCGUGUACGUAAUGUCACGGAAAGAUGGCAUCAUCAAGUUGGACUCGUCCCCUAGCGGGAAACUGACAGUAAAAGGAUCGCCGACUACACAAGGUGUUUUGAUGGUUCAAAAUCGAGAUAAUACUAACGUAGUGAGAAAACAAGUGAUAUCUGCAUCACAAUCGAAUUCUGUUACGCCGGUAAAAGUGGUUUCUAAAAUGGAUGGAAGUCAAGUAGUAACGCAGAUGAAAGUAGUUUCUAAGCCUGUUACAAGUAAAGCAGGAGGUACACAGAAAUCAGAGCCUAUAAAGAUCCAGCCGAAACCAGAUCCGACACAGUUACCGCAGAUACAUGUCGUGACCGCGGUGCAGGCUCCUAUAACUUUGCAGCCAAGAAUAAGUACAGGAAUACGUCCUGGACCUGUUACAGGCCAACGCAGUGCGGACGGUCGUCCUUUGUUACCGAGACCUCCACUGCGUGCGACAACACCAACUAGCGUACUUGGAAUUGGAUCAACAAUCCGCACACCUGUUAGGGCGCCAGCCCCGAGACAAGUUCAGUCCCAGCAAACUCGUCAGGUGCUACAAAAACGUACGACGGCUGUAACUACGCAAAGUAAUUCGGUGAGUUCUGGAAGUGUUACUCAGAUUAGACCGAAAUUUACGGUGCUUAGUCCACAGCCAAAACAAGUGGUAAAGUCUGGAACUAGUCCAGUGCAACAGGCUAAACAGUCGCCGAAAACACCAGUUGGUAAGCCACAGUCAUUAUUAUCUCCGCAGCAAAAGUUACUAAUGGCAAAAAGAAAAGCUCAAGAAGCAGCGGAUAUGAUUAAACCAGGUGGCCGUGGCCUCCUAGCAGCCGCUCGUGCUACCGCCGGCCGAGGCAGAGGGAAAUUGGCUGAAACGUCAGCGGCAGCUACUCCAGGAAACAAACUGAAAGAAAGUAAAUUGGCUGAGGGUGAUGGACUUCACAUGGAAUUCCACGAGGUAGGCUCUGAAGAAAGUAGCAGCGAGGGUGAACCAGAGCUUCCACCUCCCGAAGGCGACACCAUUGCCACUACGGAACCUGAUAGCCCUCCUAGGCCCUUUACUCUCUGUCCGUUGACGGGACGUAUCAUUGGACCAGAUGGUGAACCCGUUGAACAACCAGCCGAACCAGAACCCGAACCUGAACCUGCAGGAACACCAUUGUCCACUAUCAAAACUGCUACAACUACAUCCGAGAGUAUAGAUGUCACCGCCACAACCACCACCACAGAAUUGGUUCUACCUUCCCUUGAUUCUCUUACAGAGGGUGGUGGAAUAAUGAGAGUCGAAAUGAGUCCAGGUGGAACGACAGGUACGAUUGUUCAAACCAGUGAACCAGCGCAGAUCAAUCUGACGAAUGUAUCCGUUCCGGCACCGGAUCUUCCAUGCUUGGACGAUACAGCCCCUGCUGUAACUACACCAACCACAACCACAGCCACACCGUUAACAGAAACAACACCAACCAGUGAAUCUUCUAUUGCAGCAGGAUUAACUACAGCUACAGUUACUUCAACUAGCACAAUAGCAAUCGCAUCUACUGAUGUAACCAAGGCUGAAGAAAAAUUACCGGAAGAGAGGAAAGUAGCUGAAGAUACAUCGAACUUAGUAACAAUAACUGGGGAAGACGGUGUUGUUUAUCAAGUAGCAGGACAAGCCGAAGAUGGUCAAACAUUAUUGGUGACGCGAGACGCUGAUGGCGAGCAACAAUGUGUAUAUGUUACCACAGAGCAACAAGGGGACGAGGGAUCCGUAUUAACGUUAGACCAUGCUGUGGCGGAAGCUGUAGCUCAAUUGAUACCUGAUCAAGUAAACCUGGCCUCGCAGUUUUAUGUGAAGGAAGGUGGAACGGAACCUACAGAAAAUCCAAUGGUCAUGUCUAUCAUGGACAAUACAAAUACGGGGGAUGUGGCGGAAGGACAGGAAGACGGUGAUGGUCACGGCCAAGUUGUAGCUCAAGUCGUACAAGCGGAAGAACCUACUCCAGGUGGCACUAGAAGAGUAGUCCUGUUGUUACCUGACGGAAAUCUUAUGAUGACAGAAGUGACGGAAGAACAAUAUGCUGCGCUCGGACUUGGCAAGUGAAGAGACACUUAACGUUAAUAUCAUGCGGAAUGAAUAAACGAUCAUGCAUCGAACUAUACAAUUUACAAUGGAAGUUGUACGCUUAAAGGGUGACCGUGGGUUGUAUAUAUGUAAGAACGUUCACUUCGUACAAUUGCAAUGGAUAAAAUUAUUUACAAUUUUUCCAGCUAAAACAGAUACAAUGUGAAAAACGAAAAGAAAGAAACACAUAGCUGGUGUAUUGUAAAAAAAAUAACAGGAUCGCAAAUACAGAAAUCUAGAAUUUAGAUUAAUGGAUAAAUGAUUAUGUUUUAGAAAUUCAUGUUUCAGUGUAAAAUUCGCCCGAAUUUUAAUUUUUAUUCGUUUAAUUUAUAAAUGCGAGGAGAGAAAGUAAACAUAUUGCAUCUUCGAUGAAAACAAUACCAUUAUACGUUUGAACUAAGCAUUGUAUUUGUAGGAUAGUGAAGUAUAAUCUGGGGUUUUAUAUUUUCCACACAAUAAUAGGCUUUUAAUAAAGACCUUUAUUCCCCUGCAUACAAAGUCCAAGCUUACAUGGCGCGAUAUAUUUAGUCAAGUUCUAGUGGAGUCGCGAGGAGUGUAUUGAUAGUUAUCAAGAAACGAAUCGGCGCUUCGAAAUGUAAAUAUUAUUAAAAAAAAAGGGAGAAAAUAGAAAAAAAAUGUCGAAGAUUUGGACUACUACUUCUAUCGCGAUCAAUUUUUACAUAAAGCUUGAACCUAGUUUGACUCUGUGCUA